CAUUUUCACACUGGAGCUUUCCACUCUUCCUUCAAAAAUUAAUUCUCUGUCUCUCCCAUUCUUGGACCAUUUCUUUCAUCAAACAAAACGCGUAGUUUUUGAGCUUUUUUGUUUUUUUUUCUAGUUCUCUUUGUGGUUUUUGGAAAAUUACCUAUCUGGGAUUUCGGUUUAUGCACCUGUUUUCACUGAGGAUUCAAGAGAAAGAACAGUUUUUGCAGAUAUCGUGUCCCUUAUCAGUUCUACUUUGGUUGCUUGCUUCGUUCUUUGGCUUUUCCAUCCGCAUGGGUGAUUACGAAUCAUCUUCCACCCCAACCCAUGAAAGAGAACAACAUCUUAUUGCUGCAGCUCGGCACAUAAUGCAGGCACUUAGGUCAAGUAGUUUCCAAACUGAUGACUUGAGAAAAACCCUCUCAGACCUUGAAUCUCACUUGUCUGCCAUUGCUGCAAUCACUGAAAGCAAGACAGAAGAGUUUUCUGAGUUUGAGAAGCGGCUCAAAAGUGCCGAGGAAGAGGUUUUCAGUUGGGAGUCAAAUGAUCAAAUAAUGAUAUGGGACUCUGGCCCUGUGGAAGCUUCCAAUUAUCUCAAAUCCAUUGAUGAAAUCCAAACACUGAUACAAAACUUUACAGGCUUGUCAGUGGAUGAAUAUGGGAAGCACAAGGAACUUCUCUACCGAGCGGAUAGUGUUCUGCAGCUGGCAAUGUCAAGGCUAGAGGAAGAGCUCAUCCACAUUCUUGUUCGUUACGAGCAAUACCUUGAGCCUGAAUACAUGUCUUUUCGUUUGUCUGGAGCAGAUAUUGUGUAUGACGAGUCCUUUGUUUCAGUUGAGGAAGAAUCUAUUGAGGAAGCAUCCCAGAGAAACAGGUAUACCAAUGAAUCAGAUGACUAUUAUGUUGUAGAUUUGGUGCAGCCUUUGGCAAUUCCCCAUCUCAAGUCCAUUGCAAAAGCUAUGUUUGCUUCAAAUUAUGGCUAUGAAUUUUGCCAGUCUUUUAUCAACACAAGGAAAUAUGCCUUGGACAAGUACUUGGUUGUUCUUGGUGUGCAGAUAUUCAGCAUUGAAGACGUGCUGAAAAUGGAGUGGACAAGCUUGAACUUGGAGAUCAAGAAAUGGAGCUGGAAUAUGAAGAUCAUCAUUCGGGUCUAUCUUGCUAGCGAGAAACGGCUCUUUGAGCAGAUCUUGACGGAAUUUGGAUCUGUCAGUUCAUUUUGCUUUCUUGACAUCUCAAAGGCCACAAUGGCAUGCCUCUUGAAUUUCGGUGAAGCCAUAGCCAUGGGAUCCCGUCGGCCAGAGAAGUUGUUUUCCUUGCUUGACAUGUACGAGGUUCUUGCCGAUCUUCUCCUGGAUAUAGAUGCUUUGUUCAUGGAAGAGACUGGUUCUAUCAUAAGGAUCGAAUUCCACGAGCUUAUGAAGAGCUUAGGCAAUUUAGCAAAGACAACAUUUUUGGAAUUUGGGAAUGCCAUUGCAACAUCUAACACAUCAUCAAAUCCAUUCUCCGGAGGUGGCAUUCAUCCUCUCACCAGAUAUGUCAUGAACUACAUCAAGACCCUAACUGAAUACGCCAGAACACUUAAUUUUCUUGUCAAUGAUCAAUGCAUAGAAGAUUCAAAUCCAGCCCUUGAGCUGGAAGACAGGCAGGGCAUAGAAGAUUCAUUCUCUUCCACUUUUUAUCCAACAGCUCACCACCUUCUGUCGAUCACAUCUACUCUAAAAUCCAGUCUUGAUAGCAGAUCCAAACUAUACAAGGAUGCCGCUUUACAACAUGUUUUCUUGAUGAACAACAUCCACUACAUGGUCCAAAAGGUAAAUAGCUCAAAGCUUAUGUUUUUCUUUGGAGAUGAGUGGAUAAGAGAGCAUAUUGCUGAAGUCCGGCAGCAUGCAACAAGUUAUGAGAGAGCUACUUGGAGUUCAGUCCUUUCUCUGCUAAGAGAUGAUAAUCAGCGGUCACAUUCUUUCUCAAAGGCAAGUUCUAGAGAAAGAUGCAGGGCUUUCAGCAUUGCAUUUGAGGAGGUGUACAAGAGCCAGACAGGGUGGUCAAUCCCAGAUCUUGAGCUUCGGGAAGGUCUACAAAUUUCAACUGCACAGAAUGUAAUCCAAGCAUAUCGGACUUUUGUUGGGAGAAUCUCUGGCAAUAUUAGUGAUAAAGACAUUAAGUACACUGUGGAUGAUCUGGAGAAAUAUAUUUUCCAUCUCUUUGAAGGGUCACCAAGAUCGUUGCACCAUGCGUUUAUACGCAGAAGGUGAAGCUUUGGUAGUUUACUUUAUAGGUUUCAGGUUGUAGUGUUUCAAGUCUCCCUUUCCAAUGUUUUUCCCUUUAUUUUGUCAGGACUUUAGUAGAUGUAAAUGUAAUUGUUUGUAUGCCUUCUGUCAGAUUUUCAAAAGCAAAAUUAGGCUGUAAUACAUUGUUGUUUGUCAGCAGCAUUUUUCUCCUUCUGUAGUAAUAUCAAUUGGCUUUACAUGCCUUCCCAUGUUAUUGAAUUGUAGCCAUAUAAUGCUUG